CAGUUCACGUGUGUGGCAAUGGAACAGCCGCUGCGAUGCAUUUGACGCUCUGCGCCAGGAUUACUCGAUUAUUGAGCAAAAUAGUUAUUUUUAAAACUGCCACAAGAGCAGUGCGCUGAAUUUAGAUCGGUGGCUGAACACAAGUAUGAGAUUAUAGCAAGGCUAUACUGCUUUUUCCAGUAUACACUGACACAUUUCCUGGGAAAUACCUCAUAACUUCAGAAGUUGAUAGAAUAUCCAAGAUGCAGACAAGUGAGUUCUUGGUUUCAGCACCAGGGAAAGUAAUUCUUCACGGUGAGCAUUCAGUCGUGCAUGGAAAGGUUGCUUUGGCUGUGAGUGUGAACCUGCGCACACACCUGCGGUUGCAGGCCACAUCAUCCGGUGACGUGCGCAUCAACCUCCCCAAUAUUGACACUUUUCUGUCCUGGGAAAUAACUGCACUGCAGCCUCUUCUGGCUGGGUGUAAAGCAGAGCAGGAUGGCCUGAAGGAACCUGAUGCAGAUCUUUUGAAGAGGCUACGUGAAUUCACAGGCAUUUCAGAUGAUUCCACAGACACAAGAAGCAUGGCAGUGUUGGCCUUCCUCUAUAUGUACCUGACUGUAUUUGCAGGGUCUCUGGCCAGUAUAACAGUUUCUGUGUGGUCAGAGUUGCCCACAGGAGCUGGUUUAGGCUCCAGUGCCGCCUAUAAUGUUUGUCUGUCUGCUGCUCUGCUGUCUGCCAGGGGAACCAUAUCGUCUCCUCUUACACCACAGCUGGAGUCAGCCAGGUGGAGGAAAGAGGAGCUGGAGCUGAUUAACAGGUGGGCGUUCAUGGGCGAGAAGAUCAUCCACGGUAACCCUUCAGGGGUGGAUAACGCUGUGGGCACAUGGGGGGGAUUUUUAAGAUACCAUGCUGGGAAUAUAACUCCACUAAGCUGGGUCCCUAUUCUGAGAAUCCUCCUGACUAACACCAAAGUACCACGUAGCACCAAAGUGCUUGUUUCUGGAGUGAAGGACAAAAUUAACAAGUUUCCCUCCAUAAUGAAUCCAGUUCUGGAGUCCAUCAGUGCUGUGUCCGUCACCUGUGAACAGACUCUCACAGAGAUGGCCGCGCACGGACCGUCGGCUGAUUACUACAACAUACUGGAGGAGCUGAUUGAUAUAAACCAGCACCAUCUGAACGUGAUGGGUGUGGGUCACUCAUCCCUGGACACACUGUGUAGGGUCACUCUGGCCAGAGGGCUGCAUAGCAAACUGACAGGAGCAGGAGGAGGAGGCUGUGGAAUCACUCUCCUACGACCAGAAACAGAUACUUCUAUGAUUCAGAGCACCAUUGAGGAGCUGAAGGCUUGUGGUUUCGACUGCUGGGAGACCAGUAUUGGCGCUCCUGGCGUCCAGCAGCACUCUUCAGCUGCACUCAGUCAGGACAUACUGAAGAUCCUCAACAGCUACUGAGACACAAUGAAAACACUGUACUAUAUGCACCAUUGUUACCGUUAACAAGGAUGUUCACUGCUGCCUUUACUCUGGAUCCUGGUUCGACAAACGUACCAGUAAUCAUACCGUAAUUUCUGGGGAAAAUUAUAUAAAACAUAACCUCAUUA